AGUAAAGAAAAAGACGUCUGGAAAAUAUUAUCCGUUUGCUGCUGCUGAGAAACCUCACUGCAACAGUUACUCGGUCAGCAAGGCAUCACCAAAGAGACUUUAUCUGAUGCUGUACAUCUUUCAAACUUUCAGACGCUGCCUUGCAACUUCUCCAGGCUCCAGGCUAGCCGGGUUUGAAAUAAGAUCUUCAGCUUCGACCACGAGAAACUAACUCCUAAUUUAUUACUUCUAACUUUUUUUAAUUAUUAUUAUUAUUAUUAUUUGAAAAAAAAAACCCUCCCACAAUUUUGUGCUAGAAACUGAAAAAGAAAGACAAAUAUAUUCUGAUUGUUGAAAACACGUGGGAGAAAAUGAGCAGGACUGAAUAGACUUAAACGAUUUUUUUUUUUAUUUUAAAAUAUUUUUUUAUUUCCGAGCGUCUCAAUAAGUCCCUGAAAAGUGCGAUUUGAUCUUUUUACCUCAAACUUGGAAACUGUUCUGCGGGAGCAACGGUACGUGAGACCACACAGCUGGCUGGAGCCCCUCUAUGACCAAAGGACAGAAGGAUAAACAAGAUGCAUUGUGAGAGGUUUAUAUGUAUCCUGAGAAUACUUGGAACCACACUCUUCGGGGUGUCCCUAUUGCUGGGAAUCACCGCUGCUUACAUUGUGGGCUACCAGUUCAUCCAAACUGACAACUACUACUUCUCCUUUGGACUCUAUGGUGCUAUCCUGGCAUCACAUCUCAUCAUCCAAAGCCUGUUUGCCUUCCUAGAACACAGGAAAAUGAAGAGGUCGCUAGAGACUCCAAUCAAGCUGAACAAAACUGUUGCCCUUUGUAUUGCUGCCUAUCAAGAGGAUCCUGACUACUUAAGAAAAUGUUUACUUUCUGUGAAAAGAUUGACCUACCCUGGAAUUAAAGUUGUUAUGGUCAUUGAUGGGAACUCAGAAGACGACGUUUACAUGAUGGACAUUUUUACUGAAAUCAUGGGUAGGGACAAAUCUGCUACUUAUAUCUGGAGUAAUAACUUCCACAACAAAGGUCCGGGUGAGACGGAGGAGUCUCACAGAGAGAGCAUGCAACACGUAUCUCAGCUGGUCCUGUCCAAUAAAAGUGUUUGCAUCAUGCAGAAAUGGGGUGGAAAAAGAGAAGUAAUGUACACAGCAUUCAAAGCACUGGGGAGAAGCGUGGACUAUGUACAGGUCUGUGAUUCAGAUACAAUGCUUGAUCCAGCCUCAUCUGUGGAGAUGGUAAAGGUUUUAGAAGAAGAUCCAAUGGUUGGAGGAGUUGGAGGUGAUGUGCAGAUCUUGAACAAAUACGAUUCCUGGAUAUCCUUUCUGAGCAGCGUGAGAUAUUGGAUGGCAUUUAACAUAGAAAGAGCCUGUCAGUCCUACUUUGGCUGCGUCCAGUGCAUCAGUGGACCUCUGGGAAUGUACAGAAACUCUUUACUCCAUGAAUUUGUGGAAGAUUGGUACAACCAAGAAUUUAUGGGCUCCCAGUGCAGCUUCGGAGAUGACAGGCAUCUAACUAACAGAGUGCUAAGUCUGGGCUAUGCAACAAAAUACACAGCUAGAUCCAAGUGCCUUACUGAAACACCAAUAGAGUAUCUCAGGUGGCUGAAUCAGCAGACCCGCUGGAGUAAAUCCUACUUCAGAGAGUGGCUUUAUAACGCGAUGUGGUUCCACAAGCACCAUUUGUGGAUGACCUAUGAAGCUGUAAUCACUGGAUUCUUUCCUUUCUUCCUUAUCGCCACAGUCAUUCAGCUCUUCUACAGGGGAAAAAUCUGGAACAUCCUCCUCUUCUUGUUGACAGUUCAGCUAGUGGGCCUGAUAAAGUCUUCCUUUGCCAGCUUCCUUAGGGGCAACAUUGUCAUGGUUUUCAUGUCACUCUACUCAGUGUUGUACAUGUCAAGUUUACUGCCAGCAAAGAUGUUUGCAAUUGCCACGAUAAACAAAGCAGGGUGGGGCACGUCAGGAAGAAAAACCAUUGUAGUUAAUUUUAUAGGACUAAUUCCAGUCUCCAUUUGGUUUACAAUCCUCCUCGGUGGUGUAAUUUUCACUAUCUACAAGGAAUCGAAAAAGCCAUUUUCUGAGUCAAAACAGACAGUUCUCAUCAUUGGCACAAUACUCUAUGCGUGUUACUGGGUUAUGCUUUUGACUUUGUACUUGGUUCUGAUCACCAAGUGUGGCAGGCGGAAGAAAGAGCAACACUAUGACAUGGUGCUAGAUGUAUGAUGUUUCCUUGGGAAGUCACCCAGAGAGUUGUAAAGCAACCCAACCACCUUGUAGUAUCUGUGGCAUCGGAUGGGUGAUGCCAAGGGAAAUGGAUCAUUGCUGCUGGGAAUAGGACAUUUAUAUUCCUCUGGGUUCAUUUUCAUCCUGCCAAAGUAAGGAAAAAAAAAACUAUUUAAAAAAAUGACUUUUUUUUUUUUUUUUUUUUUUUUUUUUAAUUUUCAAGGGGAGAAAAUGCAAACCACACAGUUUCAACCUGUUCACAAGAAAAUGGGAGAACUUCUAUGUUUAUGCACUUUUCAUUGUGCAUAUGCCUGACAGUGUUAUGUUCUAUAUACCUCACUGGUCAUGCUUAUGUGUGUGGACAGGAAGGGAAGGAGUUUAGCGAAUAGAGAAAAGGAUCUUACAACCCCUUGCAACCUAAUUUAUGAACUUCUCUUUUUUUAUAGUUCUGUUUAUAGGAAGGGUCUUUUUUGUGUUAGGCUGCCAAAUGUAAUGCCAAAGGUAAAUUUUAAGAGGCGAUUGGCUGAGCUGUAUUUUUAUAUUUUUGUAUUAUUUGUGUGUGUGUAUUUUUAAGCCAACUUUUUUUUUUUUAAAUCACAUAUUUUAUAUUUUACUAUCUGC